UUCGCUCUCGCCAGGGGGCGAACGGCGAGGGAUCCCUGACAGCGGUGGCGGAGUGGCCGACCGGGAGGUGUCAGGGAUCCAGCUGCAACGAGAAGUGUGAUUUUUUCCUUUUUUUUUUUUUUUAAAUUUCGUGUAUUCUUCUAUCCCUGGGUGCCUGCCAGGCGGGGUGAGGGGUGUGCUGGUGUAGUGGCUGCGGUCUGACACCCUAGGGAUGCUUCAGGGCCUUGCAGGUCUCAGUAAGGCUUUUCCUCGUUUGCAGGGCAAGGAUGAGUCUGUUUGGAUCAACAUCAGGGUUUGGUACUGGAGGUACCAGCAUGUUUGGCAGUACGACUGCAGAUAACCAUAAUCCGAUGAAGGAUAUUGAAGUAACAUCUCCACCUGAUGACAGCAUAUCUUGCUUAGCAUUUAGUCCGCCAACAUUGCCGGGUAAUUUCCUCAUUGCGGGAUCAUGGGCAAAUGAUGUUCGCUGCUGGGAAGUUCAAGAUAAUGGACAGACAAUUCCAAAGGCUCAGCAGAUGCACACAGGGCCUGUACUAGAUGGCUGCUGGAGUGAUGAUGGGAGUAAAGUAUUUACUGCUUCCUGUGAUAAAACUGCCAAAAUGUGGGAUCUCAACAGUAAUCAAGCUAUUCAGAUUGCACAACAUGAUGCUCCUGUGAAGACUAUCCAUUGGAUUAAAGCACCAAAUUAUAGCUGUGUGAUGACAGGAAGCUGGGAUAAAACUUUGAAGUUCUGGGAUACCCGUUCACCAACACCUAUGAUGACAUUGCAGCUCCCUGAAAGAUGUUACUGUGCAGAUGUGGUUCAUCCUAUGGCUGCUGUGGCCACUGCAGAAAGGGGUUUGAUAGUUUAUCAGUUAGAGAAUCAGCCUUCUGAAUUUAGAAGAAUAGAAUCUCCUCUUAAACACCAGCAUCGCUGUGUUGCUAUUUUUAAAGACAAAGUGAACAAACCUACUGGAUUUGCCCUUGGAAGUAUUGAAGGAAGAGUAGCUAUUCAUUAUAUCAACCCCCCAAAUCCUGCAAAAGAUAAUUUCACUUUUAAGUGUCAUCGCUCCAAUGGAACAAACACUUCAGCACCUCAGGAUAUCUAUGCUGUAAACGGGAUAGCAUUUCACCCUGUCCAUGGUACUCUUGCAACAGUAGGAUCUGAUGGUAGAUUCAGCUUUUGGGAUAAAGAUGCACGAACAAAGCUAAAAACAUCAGAACAACUUGACCAGCCAAUAUCUGCUUGUUGUUUCAACCAUAAUGGCAAUAUAUUUGCAUAUGCUUCCAGUUACGAUUGGUCAAAGGGUCAUGAAUUUUAUAAUCCACAAAAGAAAAACUACAUUUUUCUGCGAAAUGCAGCGGAAGAGUUAAAGCCCAGGAAUAAGAAGUAGUAUGUGAGUGGCCAACAGCAGUGACAGAAGCUCAAGACAGACGAUGGGCACAAUGCAAAUUCUACUUUAGUUUUUUCUUGCGCUCCAGCAAUGGACAUGAUUUUUGAGCCAACGACACUCAUGCUCAUUCUUCAGUCCAAAGGAGAAAUUGUCAGUUGUGGCAAGUGAUACGUAGUUCAGUAAUAAGAGCAAACCAUUAAAGGGUUUGUUUUGUUCAUGACCACACCAACGUGUGCAAAAUACUUGUGGCCUAAACUGCUUUAAAACUGACACCUUUUAGAGUUAAUAGUUGAUUCUUCUACAUCUCUUAACAUACUUUUGUCCCUUAACAGGGGUUUCUGGACUGAAAAAAAAGUACUCAUUUUUGUAUUAACUAGAAAAUAGUGCUGGUGAGUUUCAUCCUGAUCAAAAAUGCUGUGAAACAAAACAAGUGGGUCUGUUUCUGACUUGAAUCUACCACUGUUUACUUUUAACUAGCCAAUUGUAUACAUGCCAAAGUUUUCUUUUUAGAAGUGAAUGCUUAUUAUUCCUGUUUAACUAUUGUUUGUUUGUUAAUGACUAAAUAAAAAUGGGGGGGUGCAUGUAUAGAAAUACCUGUCAUAUUGUACAAAUUCUCUGUAAAACUGUAUGUUGUAACGCUUAUGGUUAUGGAUUCGUGCUACAUUUCAAAUAAAAUUUUUACUAAAUGCUUUUUUCUUAUAAUGA